AUGCGCGUUUUAAUCUUUCUGUGGCUAGUCGGCACCGUCGCGGCUCUAGCCGAUGCCGUCAUUUGGGAGGGAGAGGGCUGGUACAAGGGUGCAAGCAAGCGUCUGGGUAAACGCCGGUCAACCAACGACGCCUCUGCAAAGGCCUUUGCAAACGAACUGGAAGCCCGCGGCCUCCCCACCAGCACCAUCUCUGUGGCUGAGUUCUUCGUAGGCAUUGGCACAACAAACGGUCACUUCAGAAGAUUUGGUUUAGAAGACGGAGGCAGCGAGGUCAAGAAAAAGUUCCUGACUCUGAACUACAAGAUGACGGAUCUUCUCGACGAGAUGCGUCUCCAGCGCGCUAUCAAGAAGUCCAACAGUUUCAAGUUUGCCGCCUCCAAGAUCAUCGACCACUCCAACUUUCCGGAGGCCGACUUCAAGGACGGCGAGCUGUUUGACAUGGCGAAAAUGCAGAGGCUCAUGAGCGCGCGCGCCGAGCAGCUCCGGACCAUGGCCAAGGAAGGUUCUCCCCAAGCCAGCCUCAUCGAGUCGUGGGUCAAGGAUAGGGCAAACGCGCUCGAGGUGGAAAACAUGUACCGAAACGCCGACCAGGCACGGUGGAAGUCCGAAUGGGUCGAUGAGGAGCUCAAGUAUGGACCGUCCAACUCGUACAAGCAGAUCAAGACACCCAGGCUCGUCAUCUUCCCCGACGGCACCCGCCCCGAGAAGGACCUCCGCCCAAACAGGCCGCCCAACACGCCAGACUUGGAGAUCUGGGAAGAGGUCGACAUGGACAGGACCCUUGCGCAGGGCGGUCAAUCCUCCAUCGCCAAGGACAAGAGAAAAGCGGCUACGAAAAAGGCUGGCACAUACGGCAAGUGGCAAGGGGACCCGGAUUCGCAGAAGCAGAAGGCCACAAUUCACAUGGAGAUUAUCCGCGCCAACAGUGAGAUGAUUCCGUUUCACAGGAAUAAAAAAGGCGAGUUCCUAAAGUGCCACAGCAAGCCAGGCAGGCGCAGCGCUCUUCUGAGAGGUAGAGGUAGCCGAAUCAGCAAGGCUUACCUUUGA